ACUAAGCCGUAUGCCCACAAGCGAUGUCAGUGUUGGUUCACCUGAUCAGCCCGAAACACAGGGUCCCUCUGUAUCGCCAUCAGGACAGCAGAUGUCCAAACAAACACUGCUUGCCCUCUCAGCCAUACCAAAACCUCGACUCACUGAUAAUGAAAGUUGGAUCACCAAGAAAAAACCAGAGGCACGUAGAGAUUACAGCAAGCAUUGGCUACAUCAGGAGGCAGAGCAAAGAAGGUUAGAGCAGCAAGACCGCAUUAACCGCUACAAAACUGCCGUAUCUCAGCCACAGUUGCCAGCGUCACAACCUACACCUCCUCAUUGUGCUUCUCCACAGCAUCCAUCUCCCUCACAAACUACUUUCCAUCCAUCUCAGACUACAUUUAUUCCUCAAAACACAGCGCCUACAUAUUCAAGUUACCCACAGUCGCUUAAAAAUCCAUCUCUAAGUCAAGUUAAUAACGGUAAUAAUAACAAUAACAACAAUAAUAAUAGCUGGAGAAAUCAGGCAACCACAUAUCAACCUCCAAUGCCUGCACCCACUCCAACCAGCGACAAGGCUCUGCCAGAUUCCAUCAUUCAUAACUUGACGCAGAGAGUCAAUAACAAAAACAACAAAAAUACCUACAACAAUAACAACAAUAAUAAUGGAAGACUGGGUAACUCGUACGGAAAUAACUAUCGCGACGAAAAUUACCACGACUACAUGAACGCCGACGCUUUGAGCUCACCCUCAUCACAUGCACCCUUGUACCAGUCUGGGACAGGACCUGGCCAGCCUUCCCCACCUUCCACACAACCAGAUCCUCCCAAUGCGCAAGAUCAGAGACUUCUCAGCGUCUCAGGGAAGAAGAAGUGUUCCCACUGUUCAGAGGAACUUGGAAGAGGAGCUGCUAUGAUCAUUGAAAGCCUGAGAUUGUUUUAUCACAUACCUUGUUUCAAAUGCUGUGUUUGUGGAAUACAACUUGGCAAUGGGUCAGCUGGUGCUGAUGUGAGAGUCCGUAACCAUAAAUUGCACUGCCAUAACUGCUACUCAAAUGAUGAAGGAAUGAAGUUCAGCAAGGUAUAACAUGAGCAGAACAAGGGUAUGCUUAUUUGUCUUUGGUGCCAAAAUUCAUGGCAUGCCACCAAACAUGAUGUGAGCGGCAUGCCAGCGCUGUAUUAUAGAAAUGUAUUUGUUUUGUGUGUAUUUUCUGAUUUAGCCUCCAUUUGUCAUGAAUGGAAACGAAAACAUUUUCUUUCCACUGUUCUUUAGAAGGCUACUUCUGUAUAGUUUUUAAUAAAAAUGUUUUAAAGUGUACAUUAAAUGAAUAGAUUUUUGUAAUAUAUAUAUAUAUACACAAAGUUAUUGAUGAGAGACUUGGAAGACCUACUGGAAUCAUUUUUGCAUAGGUUUUCCUUCAAAUCUGUUUUGGUACAUAGCUAUAUGUAGGCAGCUAGGAAUUCUACUUAAUUUAUGUAUGAAAAUCACUUGCACAAUCAAAGUUAUCUACUUUAUGAUGUAAAUUAUAUAUUGUAAAUAAUAGCUUAGUCAAAAAAAACAAGUCAUUAUCAGUAGGAGAAAUAAUCCAAUUGAUUUUUUUUAUAAAUAUAACCGGAAGGUUCUUUAUAAAUGAAUCUUUGUAUAUUGAUAUAAUAUAAGCUUGUAAUUAAAGCAAGAUUUUUACAUGGAA